AUGGAGAGGGUGUUGGAAUGGAGUAUCCUGGUGAGGUUUCAUGAAAAGAAUAAUGGAGAGGGGAUGGAAUGGAGUAUCCUGGUGAGGAUUCAUGAAAAGAAUAAUGGAGAGGGGAUGGAAUGGAGUAUCCUGGUGAGGAUUCAUGAAAAGAAUAAUGGAGAGGGGAUGGAAUGGAGUAUCCUGGUGAGGAUUCAUGAAAAGAAUAAUGGAGAGGGGAUGGAAUGGAGUAUCCUGGUGGGGUUUCAUGAGAAGAAGAAUGAAGAGGGGAUGGAAUGGAGUAUCCUGGUGGGAGGGUUUCAUCCCUGGACAGUGGUAUUCCUACUAGCUGGUGCGAUGCAGAUCUUCACAACAGCCCUGUGAGGGGGUUCAGAAACAGCUGCCAGUGCGUGCACGGCGCUGCAGGUAACGAAUCCCAAAGAUUCCUUCCUUUGGAGUUCUCUUCUGGGCUGAUCCAUGACGCCUCUGGAAUUCCUGCUCGAAAAACACCCCUUCCUCUUGGGAAGCAUUCGCUGCUGCGAUCACUGCGCCAGCGGCGCCUCCCGCGCAUGCGCUCUGGGAGAAAAGAAUCCCCUCCGCUUCCCUUCCCCCGCAGCGACUUUUCCCUCGGCCGCCCUGAGCUGCGGGUCCCCGACCUCUCCAAAAUGGCCGAGGGCCGAGCCCAGCCCGCAGGCCUGAGCCCGCCUCCUCCGGGCCCCACCUCCGACCCUCAUUGGCCAACCGAGCAAGGCUUGGAGUGGCGAUUGGCUGCCUGCGGACGGCUGCGUGUGUGGCGGAAGCCCGGCCCAAGAUCCGCGGCGCGGCUGGGGAAUGUGGAGAGCGGGGAUGGCUGCCGGGGAAGGCCUGGGACCGGCGCUCAGGGCAGUCCAGGAGCGGGUGCAGCAGGCGGCGGCCAGCAGGCCCAAGGUGCGAGGCGGGAGGGCGGGGAGCGGGGCGGCGGCAGCGGCCGGCCUGGCGGUUCCUGCUCGGGAGGCGGCAGGUGGGAGAGACCUGGCUUGGCCUGCGGAUCGCUGCUCGCUGCUGCUGUUAUUAAUAGCCUGUGUAUCUUUUAACGUGAAUAACUUAUUACCGGGUUUGCCCCCCCAUUUUUUAGGAGCAUAGCCAGCUGCCUUAUACCAAAUCAGAAUUUGGGUCCACCUAACCUAGUGUUUCCUGCACUGACUGGCAGCAGCAGCCCCCCCCCCUUGCGCAGGGCCUUUUCAGCAAAGGCCCUCGGCACACAUAGAGGGGGGACGUCUGAGGGUAGCACACAGGGAACGGGAAGGCAUGCAGGGAGGUCGUGGAUAUCAUGCACGAUGAAUGUUGAUUGUGAUCUAGAAAAACAGGGGUGGUUCGCUUCAUAUUUUUCUGUUGCAACAGAGUUCCCUCUCCUCCUAGCAAGGAGGGAAGAGAGACCCAGAACCAAGAAGAAAUAUCUCUUUUAAGGGGAUGCGUUUUGGCGUGGAGAAGAAGGACAGUCCCUUCUACAAACAGUCAGAAAUUACAUCCCACCUAAGGUGGGGUUACUGUGGCUCAGGCAGGCCAAGGUGUGAUAUUCCUGAGGAUUUAGCAAGUUUCGCAUAGUUCCAGACACAGUUUACACAAAACAUUAGCAUUUGAUAAGACCAUCAGGAUGCCUGUCAGACAUCCCUCAAUGCAGAGCAUCUGGGCAAACAAUGACAAUUAAUUCAAAGGAGGUUCAUAGAUAUACGAGAGGAAUCCCUUCAGGAACUUCCCCUGAUUGCUAUCUGAGUUCUCAAGCAAGGAGGAUUAAGGAGGCAGAGGAAAUAUUUAGGAGAGCCAAGAUGACUUUUGGAUUGCUCUCCUGUACUAUUUUAGACAUGUGGUUUAUAUACCUAUGUAUGUAUGUUUACCUUGUGCAAUUAUCAAAAUUUAUUCUAUAUUUGAGACAGUAGAAUUACUACAACAAUUAUGUUCUCCAUCAGGUGUCAGAUUGAUCCCCCUUGGAAGUAAUGGUUGAACUCUUAAGCAAAAACACUUGCAAAUGACACCUCUGGUAGCCAAAUCUGCUCUGGCAGUGUUACGUUAACGUGUAGCAAUUUUAUGCUGUAAAUCAUAGAAUCACGCUGCAGGCUCAUAGAAGAAAUGUCUUGCUUUUUGCCCUCUGUUGUUCCUUGUGAAGGCCUUUGACCAUAGACAGUGAAUUGAAUGGAAUUGAUUGACUGGCAGCAGCACUCCACAUUCCUUGCCCCUCCUGGAGAUGCUGGGGAAUGAGCCCAGGGGCUUUGCAGGUGAAAAAGAUGCCCUGCCAUUGAGCUGCUGUGUCCCCUAUGCAGUCCUGCUAAAGUGGCGGGAUGCAGAGGAGAGGACGGGACUCCUGUACCUUUCAGUAGAUGUGCAGAAGAGGGACUUGAUACACAGCAAGCUAUACCUGCUGAAAUUCACUCUUAUACAGGAGCCCUGUCCUGUUCUGUAUCUGCCCUCAUCCCAGAAAUUCCUAUAAGCAAUUAAGUAGGGAUUAAGCACCACUGAAUACAGUUGGACUUUCUUCCAAGUAAGUGUGGAUGGGGCUGCUGUAUGUUCACAAAGCAAGACUCGGGAUCUCUUUGAAUCAGAACCAACGUGCCUUAAGAACCAUGAAAAGUAAAUGCUGUUAAGUUCAGCGGGUCCUACUCCCAGGGCAGCAGCUAUGGGAUUGCAUUCGAAGUUACUCUAAUGGAAUUUAUUAUAAAUAAAAUAAUUGAGGUCGGAAGCCCAGCUUAGGGCAGAUUCACAAAUGGAUGUGUUGUUACCGGUUGCUGCUGUUGUGGAUGGUCAUUUGGCUUGUCUUAAGCUUUGUGUCGCGUUGUCAUAGUCAAUACCUAUUGCAUUUCAUACUCAUUUAGCCUUGUUUUAAAACAUUUUUCCUCCCUCUCACUUCAGUAUUCAAUGAAGUGAACUAUUAAUCCAUGGAAGAUUAUGCUACAACGCGUCUGUUAGUCUUUAGGAACCUUUGUGUUUUUUCCACGUUAACUCAAAACAGAACAUGUGAACUUGUCUCCAUUAAAAAACAAAGUUCAAGGUGGACGUGAGAUAAUAUGAAAUCUCUUAUCGGUGCCUGUUGGCCUGCGAUAAAUAUUUCCCAUGUUCCAGUCACAGAGUUGUGAGCAUCCCCACGUGCACUUGGCCACUGACCAUUUCUUUCUUUGCAAAUACAGGGAUUGCCUGCUAUACAGCCUCGCCUUGUAGCUGUCAGUAAAACGAAGCCAGCGGAAAUGGUGAUUGAGGCCUACAACCAUGGGCAGCGCAGCUUUGGAGAAAACUAUGUGAGUGUCCUCUCCGUUUCCGCAUUGUUUGGGUUUCAGGACCAGAAGGAAAUAAGGCCUGGAGCUGCUGACAUGCUCACAAACCAGAUGGUCACAAAAGGAGCUCAUAUUUCAUUAGUCCCGCAUCACCCUGGAGAAGUGUGGCAUAGCUGGGGAGUAAACGUUACAGAGACAGAACUUAAGUGGCUUUAAAAGAUUUGCAAAUGGAGAGAAGGCUGCUGCUGCGCUCAGGUUGUGCUUUCAGGCUUCUCAUAGGCCUCAGGUUGGCCGCUUUGAGAGCAGGGUGCUGGGCUAAGUGGUCUGAUCCAUCAGACUCUUCAUAUGAUCCUAAAUUUGCUAAACUGAAACUUUAAAAAAUAAGGGACACUUCGUGUCUGUGGAGGAGGAAGACUAGCCCGGCUCACCCAUGAGGCAAGGUGAGGCAACUGCCUCAGGCAGCAGGACCUACAGGGAUUUGGCAAUUGUAUUCCAAGUGUGGUCGCAUCAUUUGUAAAAAGGCAAUGUGAUAUUGGAGGUUUGAUUGUCAAUCCCUUUGCCAGUGAGCUUGGAAGUCACCCUUUUCACGGCUGUUGGCAGCCUCUUCCAUGAUGUAUACCAGCAAGGUGCAAACUGAUGUCAUGAAGGCAGGCCUGAAAGGUUGUGACAAUAGCAGAGAUAAGUCUGGAUCAGGCCACAUUCCCACAUUCUCAUUUAUUUCGAAAUGGCUUCUGGAGGUCUCUAAAAUGUAAGCUAGACAUGCAGAUAUCAGUUUGCUCAUCACUGUGCAGCAGUAAUGUUAUAUUACGGCUGGUUAAUUUGAGUUGCGUAGUCCAAAUGAGUGAACAUGGGGAAAUAAUUGCACUAAUGUUGGAUACAGGUGCACCAAUGUGGUUUGAAGCAGUUUCUUGGACAGAAUAACUGUGGGAGCAGUUGGCAAUCUGACGCAUGACUUUGUACUCAAGAAUAGUGUCUAUUAGCAGUUUUACAAAUGGAUAUUGCCUCUCUUGUAAAACGCUGCUCAUUAACCCUUUUGCCUUCUGUUGAGGCGUAAUUGGAACUCACUGUCUUAAUGCUUUGCACAUUUGCUUGUAAUGUCACCCAUGGUUUGACAUUGUAUGGCUGACUUCCCCAUCUCUUCCUCCUCCUCUCUAUCUCCUUUGCAGCUUCGAGGGACUUCUGCUAAGAUUAGUUUUACUUAAAAAAACCAAAAACUUGGCUUAGCGUUAAUGUUUGAACUGGGAAUCCUCCUUUAAGAUUAACUCUGCUGAGUUUUAUAGCAAAUCAGCUUCCAGCCUUUGAUUAUGAAACUGACAUUGUUUUAAACCAGGACCCCUUGUUUGAAUGCACCACUGAGUCGUCAUUCUUUUACUGUGAAACUAAGUGUGGCAGAAGUCUUCCUCCUGGUCACAUGGGAGGAGGAUGGGGGAGGAAUGUUGUGCUUAGUCCAUUCUGCAUUAAACCAAGGUUGGAGAAGCUGUGGCUGUCCAGAUGUUGUUGGACUACAAAUCCAAUUUUCCUGGACUAGUGGCCAUGUUGACUAGGACUAAUGGAGUCCAACAGUAUGUGGACAGCCGUCAGUUCCCCACCUCUGCACUAAACCAUGGCGUUUAGCAUUGCAUGUGAACAGAGGCACUUGUAAGUCAAGGUGGUUGAGUUAGAGGUAAGGCAGAGCAAGCCUGGCAAAAUUUAAUCCAUGUCUUAACUUUCUACAGGUCCAAGAACUUCUAGAAAAGGCAUCAGACUCCAAAGUAAGUUCAUUUUGUGUGCUAGAUAAUCCUCAUUCUGUCAAGUUGGCAGAGGCUUGUUUCAGAAAAUUGACUAGUAAGCUCAUGUUCAGAGAAGAAUCUCUCUGUUUGCCUUUCAGUAGCUGUUCAGUUCUUUAUGUAUAAAUAGCAGAUAAUCUUGGCCAAGAUGCUUCUUUUUGUUGCAGAGCCCCAGUCAUUUGAAAUAAUUUUCGAGCACAGAUGGCAGCCUAUAUGCUGAAUUUGUCCCAGCAGAGGUUAUUUACACUGACAGCAAACUGCUACUAAGUGUGUUAACUGCCAUCAAAAUAAUUUUAACAUUUGAGGGACCUUGGAUGAGAUUUGCCCCUCUCUUCUUACACAGGGACCAUCCUUUGUCUUUAUUAUGAGCCACUUUAUGACGGCUUUUUGCCUUGAAAAUUGAGUUAUAAAUAAAUAAAAGUGAAAUCAUCCUUCACUUGCAAGUGUUCUAUGGAUGCCUAGCAUGAAAAUGAAUUUCAAAUUCUACUCACUUGCCUCUGUUCUCAGAUUCUUUCUUCGUGUCCAGAGAUUAAAUGGCAUUUCAUAGGCCACCUACAGAAAAACAAUGUCAACAAACUCAUUGGUAAUAAUAAUUUCUUUUUGUGCUCACUUAUGGGGUGGGGGGCAGGGAGACAACAAGAAAUCCUUUGUGUACAUUGGGGGGGGGGGGAGUUGUAAUGUGCUCACUUCAGUGAAUGCACUACUGUUACCAGCUCUGACUUAAGGAGAUCCUGAUUUUGAGAUGCAGUUAAUUUGCACAGUGCAGGACAUAGAACCAGUGAUUUCUCCAAAAAUUGAAAUUGGGGCUUGGAAGGAUUUAUUUUUCCCAGGUCCUAGGGGCUGCUGCUGUUAGCAAACAUGAACUUGGACUAUGUGGCACGCUAUUUUUUAUUUUAUUUUUAAGUUUCACAGUCGUGGCCAUUUCAUAAGAUUUAGCUUAGUUUUCAGUAGAUCAGCUGUAGUUGCAUCCUCCUGAGUUGUAAUUUUGCACAGCUCUGUUAAUGGAUCUGAAUGCAGUGUGGUAAUUUUCAGUGGUGUCUCGUAUGUCUGGUCCUUCAAUUGAUAAACUUAUUUAGUUAAUUCAUAAGAUCAGGCAGAAGGUGACUGAGAGAACAGCUUCUAUUUUUGCUAUUUUUUUGCUUUUUGUAUGUGCCGUGGGCAAAGGGACCUUUUCUCCUGCUUGGUUUAGGACAAGACGGUUUCUGUUCUCUCUUCCCCGUUCUAAGAUGUUGUUUUGCAUUAUACAUUUUGAAAACAUUAGUUAAGAGGUGAUUAAUAAUCUAGAAACCGGAAAGGAGCAAAAGGCCUUGUUGUUCAACCAGUCAUCCAAAAGCAGGUCCAGCUGUCUCCCUUCACUAGUGUUGGGGUACUGCCUGAUAUAGCCUUACGGUGCAGGGAGCAUUGUGCUACUCAGGUAGAGAACGUACAGUUUAUGCGAGGGUCCCUAACUUGGCAGUACAGCUCAUACUGUGCACUCUGAAAUUGAAUGAAACUGGUAUGCUUUCUGCAAUGGAUAUUUGCUCAGAUUCUUCUUUAAAUGUCGUCUAGCGGUACCUAACCUAUUUAUGCUGGAAACGGUGGAUUCCCUAAAACUGGCGGACAGAGUGAACGGGUCUUGGCAGAAGAAGGGGUCUUUGGAGAAGCUAAAGAUCAUGGUGCAAGUGAACACCAGUGGGGAAGAUAGUAAGUAGAUUUGAUGUUGUUCUCCCCUCUCACAUGCCAAGGGUUCAGGCUUGCAUUUCAGCCUUCUUUUAAAGAGCAGCACUCUCUUUGUAUGAUCCUCCUUCAUGCGCACACAAGUAUGACAUGUGAAUGCGUGGAAGGGUGAUGUUGGGCUCUUUGAGGCUUCUGUGUGCCUUGCAGGACAUCCGGAAAAGGAAUCCUUCUCACAGGCAGCUGAAUGCACUUGGCUUUCGGAGCAGUUGAGAUUCCUGAUCAGGCAGGAUAUGGUCUAGAUUCUUCCUAGCAAGGCUGCCUUCACCACUGGGAGGCAGCAAGGUACAGUGUUUACAGUGGUACCUCUGGUUGCGAAUGGGAUCCGUUCCAUUGGCCCGUUCACAACAUGAAAAGCAUGCAACCUGAAGCACCGUAUCUGCGCAGGUGCACGGCGUGAUUUAGCGCUUCUGCGCAUGCAAAAGCAGCAAACCCCGGAAGUAACCCUUUCCGGUACUUCCGGGUCAUCGCGGGACGCAACCUGAAAAAACGUAACUUGAAGCAAACGUAACAUGAGGUAUGACUGUGUAGAGUUGGACUAAAACAGAGGAGUAAAGGUAAAGGGACCCCUGAUCAUUAGGUCCAGUCGUGGCCGACUCUGGGGUUGCGGCGCUCAUCUCGCUUUAUUGGCCGUGGGAGCCGGCGUACAGCUUCCGGGUCAUGUGGCCAGCAUGACUAAACCGCUUCUGGCGAACCAGAGCAGCGCACAGAAACACUGUUUACCUUCCCGCCGGAGCGGUACCUAUUUAUCUACUUGCGCUUUGAUGUGCUUUCGAACUGCUAGGUUGGCAGGAGCAGGGACCGAGCAACGGGAGCUCACCCCGUCACGGGGAUUUGAACUGCCAACCUUCUGAUCGGCAAGUCCUAGCCUCUAUGGUUUAACCCACAGCGCCACCCGCAUCCCUUAAAACAGAGGAGACACAGGUGCAAAUUCACCAUGAAGCUGCUUGAAUGACCAACAAGCCAAUUGGAUUUUCUGAGCCUAACCUACCUCAUAGGGUGGCUGGAAGGAUAGAAGGGGCAGGGAGGAAGAACUAUAUAUACAUCACCUGAGAUCCUUGGAGGAACAGAGGGUUGGACUGAACUUUGGAGGAACCUUGUAUUGAUUCACACCCUUGGUGCAUCUAGCGCAGUAUCGCCCUCAAUGACUGGCAGUGGCUUUCUAGGAUUACAGACAGAGGAUAUUCCCAGCCCUGCUUGAAGAUGCCAGGGGCUGAACCAGGGACCUUCUGCAUGCAAAGCAGAUGCACCGCCACUGAGCUGUGGUCCUCCCCCAGAGGUUGCAAUAAAAAUGCAAUGUAUAACAAGGCAGGAUAGCUCAGUUGGUAGAGCAUGAGACUCUUAAUCUCGGGGUUGUGGGUUCAAGCCCCAUAUUGUGCAGAACAUUCCUGCAUUGCAGAGGGUUGGACUAGAUGACUCUCGUGGUCCCUCCCAACUCUUAAAAUGCUAUGAUUAACAAAUAAGCUUUUCUUUUUAAAGGUAAACAUGGGCUGCCGCCUGGAGAAACGGUAACAACAGUGGCACACAUCCUCCAGAAGUGUCCCAGCCUGGAAUUUGUGGGCUUAAUGACAAUUGGCAGCUUUGGGCACGACCUCAGUAAGGGGCCCAACCCUGACUUCCAGGUAUUCCUGAUCUGGGGGGAAAUACUCAUAUGCAAAGCUUGUCUUUUAAGGAGGGAGAGGGCCAGGUUCAAUUGCAUUGUCUUCCCUCCCCUGCAGAUGUUGAUAUCCUUGCGCGAGGAGUUGUGCGACCAGCUCAAUCUCCCCAUUGAAAAAGUUGAGCUGAGCAUGGGGAUGUCUACAGACUUCCAGCAUGCAGUAAGUCAGUCUGUUGCCUUUUAUUUUCUUUUUUUCUGCAGUUGCUAAUCAUGGGGCCUUUCUCCUUUCACUUCUUCCUCUCUCCCUCCCUCCUAGCAGAGUGUCUGGCCCUCUGAGUGAGCAACCAAGCUCAUGCUGGAACAUUUGAGUAAAUCUUGGUUUUCCCAGGUGGACAGCUUCCCUGCUUCUCAUAGGCAGCAUCAUAAACCCAUGGGCUUGGAACUGAGCCCCAUUAAAUUCAAUAGGACGUAACGUCUGAGUAGACCUGGUCAGGGUUGCACUGAUAAGUCUGCUGCACGUGUCUCUCUUUGCCUUCAUUUCUCUUCCAUUGCUCUCCCUUGCCUGGCUUCUGUUUUCUUACCAGACCCAGCAGAAGCUUCUACUUCUUGUAUUUAAAUCCCUUCAUCCAAUGAAAGGUUCUUCUCUCUUCAUUUUGUUCUCUUUAUCUGCUCUCAUGAUCUCCACUGUGCUUUUACUUCUGUCCUGGCUAAGCUUCACCUAUUUCACACUUCCGAGUCUUUGAGUGUUUACACACCAUACAUUUAAUAUACAUUCAGCACCUAACCUUGCCAUCAAGAAUCCUGGAAACUGUAGUUUACCUCAUAGCAGAGCCCCCAUUCCCAACACCCAUAACAAACUACAGUUCCCAGGAUCCUUUGGGGCGACCGGGUGCUUUCAAUGUAUGGUGUGCACACAGCCUUUUCUUUCCCACUUUCCCUUUCUCUGGGAUGCUCUGCCUCCCAAUUUUUCCCACUUCUCCCUCCUUGCAGUUGGCUUGAACUCUUACCUCUUCUUCCAAGCCUUUGACAUCUCCUCCUUUCCUCAUCUUCGCCUUGUGUCCUUCCUCCUCAUUUAUUUACAUCAUUUCUCCCUUCUUUUUAGAUGGCAAGGUCUGUUCCUUCUUAGCAAAACUAUUGGAUUGUACCUACUGUAUUAUCACAGAUGCUUGUUUUUGCAGUUUUCAAAAGUGUGAAUUUGUUGUAAAUAGUAAGAUUACACCAGCAAUAAUGAGUCUUUUUGUAAAAAAGAAAAAAGAUUUAAAUCAAGUCUUACUGACUAGUGAUUUAAAUCAAAACAAAUCCACCCUGGAUCCACUACAGAGAUUCCAGGGACUAGAAAGGGAAACAGAAGCAGGAAAAAGGCACUAAAGGGAGGGGGAAAACAGCAGCUCUUUAGGACCCCACAGAGUAUCUUCAUGUGUUAUUUCUCCCCAUGCUGCAUCCAGCUCCAAAAGGAGCCAAUAUCCUGCCAUCCACCCAUUAUGUCCAAUUCCAAUUAAAUUUUUUGUUGCACCAGCCAUAGGCCAUGGCAUCAUUCAGAAGGAGAACAAAAAGAAAAAAACAAGAAAAAAAGAACAAUAACCAUACAAAUCAUCAGGCAUACAAUAAAAUCACGGUCACAGCUACUAAAACUAUUUGUUGCAUUAAAUAGAAUAGAAUAGCAGAAGAUUCUCAGGUAAGAUGUGCCAAAUUAUAUAUCCAAAUCUCCUUUGCAGUUGACCGCUAUUUUGUCUAGUUCCUUCCUCCUGAUCUUCUUAGCUGCCAGAGCAUUGAGUGCUACUUUAUAAGUAACAAAGUCGUCGGUGCCGCUCAGCAGCCAUUUCACCCUUUCCACCCUAUUCAGGUGUGUUCCAUUCACAAACGGGUUUUAUAAAUCGGUCUCUUGGGUCUAUAUAUACAUAUACAUGAGAAUGAAAAAUACUCUGGAACAGGGACUACAUAAUCUCAUGAGCACUGUUCCAGAGUAUUUUUCAUUCUCAUGUAUAUUAUAUCUAUUUGAAAAAAGAUUGGUUAAUGAAGAAACUACAUAUCUUUCUACUUAUGAGUGUUGAACUAAUUGGCUGAUGAAGAAUUCAACAAAACAGUAGUUGUUAUCCGGAAACACUGUUCAGCAGAGUUCAGCGUUGGACGUCCGAAUUGGACAUUUGCUGAUUAUACAAAGCUUCACAGCUUACUCUCCACCGGGUAAAGUCUGGCACCGUGAUUCAUUUAAGGACUUUCAGAGACUUCAGUUUCUUAGUUUUGAUGUUUUGAAUUAUCAUAAAGUUUUUCACAUUGUAAUUGUUCCUGGCCAUCGUGUUGCUUUUGAUAUUGCUUACUCAUAUUUUGCAACACAGGGGUUUAUUUGUUUGUUUACAAAUUUACAAAUGGGACAGCCAAGGCCUUUCAGAUCAAAGUUCCAACUUCCAAAGCACCCGUGAUUUUUCUCGUGAUUCUUUUUGCUGCUUUGCAGAUUGAAGUUGGAUCGACAAAUGUUCGGAUCGGAAGCACCAUCUUUGGAGAGCGAGACUACCCCAACAAACCUUCCAGCGACAAAGCCCCGAGGGAGAUUAAAGGCCAGCUGGAGAAUUUGACAGUGAAAGAGCACUAA